AUGGCCGACUUUGCGACCCAAGGCCAGUUUGGCUUCGGAGAGCGCUAUGAUAACGAGAACGAGCAAUACGACCCCGAGCCCGAGCUCGAGGAGGCCGAGCUCGAGGAUGCCGAAGACACCGAUGACACCAUCACAACCGAAGACACCUGGGAUGUUAUUCAAUCACACUUCGACUGCAAAGGCCUUGUUGCGCAACAGAUCGACUCGUUUGACGAGUUCACAUCUACCACAAUCCAGUCUCUCGUCGAUGAAGUAACGAAGCGUGCUCGGGUCGCUAUCAACGAAGAGGUUGCUUUAAAGGACAUGGACGAAGAGCAGCAGGAGUACAUGGCCCGGACAGGCGAGGCCCCGAAAACCAUCCGUUGGGAGGAGGAGGAUACCGGGCCGACGGAGGGUUCUGGAAAGGGAGGGGAGGAUAAGGGCGACCUAAUCUUCCUUGGCAAGUUGCCAGUCAUGGUCAAGUCACAGGUCUGCCAUCUGGCUGGUGAGGACGACGAGUCCCUCUUUCUUCUCAAUGAAUGCCCUUACGAUCAGGGUGGCUACUUCAUCAUCAACGGCAGCGAAAAGGUGCUCAUCGCCCAAGAGCGUUCGGCCGCCAAUAUCGUUCAGGUGUUCAAGAAGCCGCCAGGAGGUAGCGUCUCGUACCAGGCCGAGAUCCGCUCAGCGCUGGAGAAGGGUUCACGACUUAUUUCGUCGUUGCAGAUGAAACUGCACUCCAAAGGCUCGCCCGAGAAGGGAAGGCUGGCGAACACAGUCAGCGUCACGCUGCCAUAUGUGCGCGAGGACGUUUCACUCGGCAUCGUUUUCCGCGCUCUUGGCAUCGUGUCCGACGAGGACAUCCUCAACCACAUUUGCUACGAUCGGACAGACACACAGAUGCUCGAGGCCCUGAGGCCCUGCAUCGAAGAAGCUUUCUGCAUUCAAGACCGCGAGAUCGCUCUCGAUUUCAUAGGAAAGCGUGGCAACGGUAACGCCGGCCAAAACCGUAUGAACCGCGUGAGGGCCGCAAAGGACUUGCUCCAGAAGGAAAUGUUGCCGCAUAUUUCACAGACUGAGGGUUGCGAGACCCGGAAAGCCUUCUUCUUGGGGUACAUGGUGCACAGGUUGCUCCAGUGCGCCCUUGGUCGCCGGGACCCCGACGACCGCGACCAUUUCGGCAAGAAGAGACUGGACCUUCCCGGCCCUCUCCUGGCCAAGCUGUUCCGGAACGUUAUCCGGCGCAUGACGCAGGACCUGAUGUCGUACAUGAAGCGUUGCAUCGACACCAACAAGAACUUCUCUCUCCCCUUGGGUAUCAAGCACUCGACACUCACCAAUGGGUUGAAGUACUCACUCGCGACGGGUAACUGGGGCGACCAGAAGAAGGCGGCGAGCUCCACUGCCGGUGUGUCGCAGGUGUUGAACCGCUACACUUUUGCCUCGACCCUGUCCCAUUUACGGCGCACCAACACACCCAUCGGGCGCGACGGAAAGCUUGCAAAGCCCCGCCAGCUUCACAACACUCAUUGGGGAUUGGUGUGCCCGGCUGAGACGCCCGAAGGCCAGGCUUGCGGUCUCGUCAAAAACUUGUCACUGAUGUGCUACGUCAGUGUGGGCACCCCCGCGGACCCGAUCGUUGAGUUCAUGAUCGCCCGAGGUAUGGAAGUGCUCGAGGAGUACGAACCACUCCGAUAUCCGAACGCCACCAAGGUGUUCGUAAACGGCACUUGGGUGGGUGUUCACCAAGACCCAAAGCAUCUUGUCACGCUGGUUCAGGGGCUGCGGAGAAAGAACGUUAUCUCGUUUGAGGUUUCGCUCGUUAGAGACAUCCGCGACCGUGAGUUCAAGAUCUUUUCAGAUGCGGGUCGGGUGAUGAGGCCGCUGUUCACGGUGGAGCAAGAACCGAAUGGCGAGAGCGGCGCUGAGAUGGGCGCACUGAUCCUGAACAAGGAUCAUAUUGGGCGCCUGAAGAUGGACGCAGAGCUGGGCAAAUACCACCCGGACUACUGGGGCUGGCAAGGCCUGUUGAAGUCGGGCGCUAUUGAGUAUCUUGAUGCUGAGGAGGAGGAGACGGUCAUGAUCUGCAUGACCCCCCAGGAUCUUGAUCAGUUCCGUGCCCGCAAGAUGGGAAGGAUCGAGCCGGACAACUCCGGGUUGGGCAAUAACCGGAUCAAGACGAAACCAAAUCCGACAACUCACAUGUACACGCACUGCGAGAUCCAUCCGAGCAUGCUCCUCGGCAUCUGCGCAAGCAUCAUCCCCUUUCCUGAUCAUAACCAAUCGCCCAGGAACACAUACCAGUCCGCCAUGGGCAAGCAGGCGAUGGGCUUUUUCCUCACCAACUACUCGCGGCGCAUGGACACCAUGGCCAAUAUUCUCUACUACCCGCAGAAGCCGCUUGCCACCACGCGGUCGAUGGAGUUCCUCAAGUUCCGGGAACUGCCGGCCGGCCAGAACGCCAUUGUCGCAAUCGCUUGUUACUCUGGUUACAACCAAGAGGACUCUGUGAUUAUGAAUCAGAGCAGCAUCGACCGCGGUAUCUUCCGCAGUCUCUUUUUCCGCUCGUACACCGACUGCGAGAAACGAGUCGGUAUCAACAUUGUCGAGCAGUUCGAAAAGCCCAACAGGAGCGACACGCUCCGUCUGAAACACAGCACCUACGACAAGCUUGAUGCCGACGGCAUUGUGGCCCCCGGCAUCCGCGUCUCAGGCGAGGAUAUCAUCAUCGGGAAGACGUGCCCCAUCAACCCAGACAACGCUGAACUCGGCCAGCGGUCCAACCAGCACGUCAAGCGGGACGCGUCCACGCCGCUCCGCAGCACGGAAAGCGGCAUCAUUGACCAAGUCGUCAUGACGACCAACCAGGACGGCAUGCGCUACGUCAAGGUCAGAGUCCGCACCACCAAGGUCCCGCAGAUCGGCGACAAGUUUGCGUCUCGCCACGGUCAAAAGGGUACCAUUGGUGUUACAUACCGACAGGAGGACAUGCCCUUCACGGCCGAGGGCAUCACGCCCGACAUCAUCAUCAACCCUCACGCCAUUCCGUCGCGUAUGACCAUCGCCCAUUUGAUCGAGUGCCUGCUGUCCAAGGUGUCAACGCUCAAGGGCAUGGAAGGCGACGCGACCCCCUUCACCGACGUGACGGUUGACAGCGUGUCGGACCUCCUCCGCGAGCACGGCUACCAGUCCCGCGGCUUCGAGAUCAUGUACCACGGCCACACGGGCCGCAAGCUGCGGUCGCAGAUCUUCUUCGGCCCCACCUACUACCAGCGCCUGCGCCACAUGGUCGACGAUAAGAUCCACGCGCGCGCCCGCGGCCCGCUGCAGAUCAUGACGCGCCAGCCCGUCGAAGGUCGUGCACGUGACGGUGGCCUGCGGUUCGGUGAAAUGGAGCGUGAUUGCAUGAUUGCGCAUGGCGCGGCGAGCUUCUUGAAGGAGCGUCUGUUUGAGGUGUCGGAUGCGUUCCGCGUGCACAUCUGUGAGAUUUGUGGCCUGAUGACGCCCAUUGCCGUGGAUUUUGCUGCGGUUGUGGUUUGGACGGUGGCCCCGUUUGAUGCCGGCAAAGGGUGA